AUGUGGUGUGUUAUGGAUUCGAUCAGUGAUGAUAAUAAUGGGGGGACUCUGACACAACCCUGCAACUGUUACAAAGACUCCAGCUUAAAUGAAACAAUUCUGAAUUCGAAUGAAAUAGCGAAUCUUAAGGACCGGUAUGUUCUUGGAGAUCAACUGGGAUGGGGGAAAUUUGGCAUAAUAAGGGCUUGCACGGAUAAGUCGACAGGUGAAGUUUUGGCCUGCAAAUCUAUUUCAAAAGAGAGAUUGGUCACGCAAGAUGAUGUUGGCAGUGUGAAGCUUGAGAUAGAAAUCAUGACUAGGUUAUCAGGGCACGAAAAUGUUGUGGAUCUAAAGGCAGUGUACGAGGAGGAGGAUUAUGUGCACCUUCUGAUGGAGCUUUGUGCUGGUGGAGAGCUUUUCCAUCAAAUUGAGAAGCUAGGCAAAUUUUCCGAGCACAAAGCAAGGGUUAUUUUUAGCCAAUUAAUGGAAGUGGUCAUGUAUUGUCAUGAUAAAGGUAUUAUUCACAGAGAUUUAAAACCAGAAAAUAUCCUCUUAGUCUCAAAGUCUUCCACCUCUCCUAUCAAAUUGGCAGAUUUUGGUCUUGCAACAUACAUCAAAUCUGGACAGGCAUUGCACGGUACUGUAGGGAGUCCAUUUUAUAUAGCUCCUGAGGUAUUGGCUGGAGAUUAUAACCAGGCAGCCGAUGUUUGGAGUGCUGGAGUUAUUCUUUACAUUCUACUUAGUGGAAUGCCUCCCUUUUGGGGGAAAACCAAAUCAAAAAUCUUUGAUGCUGUUCGGGCUGCAGAUCUGCAUUUCCCUUCUGAUCCUUGGGAUCACAUUUCAGCGUCUGCCAAGGACUUGAUCUCUGUAAUGUUGAGUGUUGAUCCUUCAAAAAGGGUAACUGCUGAACAAGUUCUUGCUCACUCCUGGACGAAGGAUUAUACAGAUGAAACUCAAGAACCUUACAUACAAGAUAAUCCUAAUCAUCCCCUGAUAGAAUUAGGUGGAUAUUCCUUUUCCACCCCUUACAUCGAUAGAACUCAGGAUUAUAGUUUUAAUGAUGGAUCACCUGCAACUGUCAAUGGCAAAGAAGAUUCUCCCGUUUUCACAUGUAGGACGUCAUUCUCUUCUCCACUCAUCAGCCAGGGUACUCCUGCCUCAAUUUCAGGAGGCUUUUCUUUUGGUAGCUACUGUGAAUCUACCGAACCUAAAUUCUCAUCCCCAAUACGCUCAAUGCCCAGCUUUACCUUUUUUAGUCCUAGCCAGGCACUAGAACAAAGCAACGACUCUUUAAGUUACAGGGCCAAGUGUUCAUUGAUUGAUGGAGAUUCAAGUAUAGGACAGCUAUUCGUGUUGCCAGAUCCUGCAGAGCAAAUUCAGUACAAGUCGAGUGAAGUCGAGCACCGAACCGAAUUUCAUCGGACAGUCGGAACAAGUGGUUCAAAGAGUUCAAGCAUGCAGAACAAAAGGAAUAACACUAUCAGUCUUGGUGAGCUUAAUCAACUUGAUUUUAUAGCAAGUGAAUCAGUGAUCAGGUGGGCAUCGUGCACACAAAUUCCAAGCGCCACAGCCUUGAGAUCCUCGCUCGUUUGCUAG